UGGCAACGUUCCGGGCUCGUCCUGGUCGCCCAACACUUGGAAGACGCGGUGCGUAGGCACUGGUACCCGACAAAUAAUAUGUCCUCACCAAUCACGCUUCAUCGCAGACUCGCCCUCAACUACAAGGGUCUCCCCUACCGCACAGAAUGGGUUGAGUACCCCGAACUGACUCCCCUGCUCUCCUCUCUCGGGGUUCAGCCCUCCGAGUCCGCUGCCUCGCCGCCCUACACCCUCCCAGCGAUCUACGACCCCCGCACGCGCAAAGCGAUAAUGGACUCCUACAAGAUCGCGCUGUACCUCGACUCGACCUACCCCGACACACCCGCGCUCGUGCGCGCGGAGACCCGCGUCUUCCACGCCGCGUUCGAGCACGCAUUCGAUAUGGUGCUGCGCCGCCAUCUCAGGCCGCUCGUCUUGCACCGUGCCGCCGCGGUGCUCAGCCCGCCGAGCGCGAAGUACUUCCUCGAGACGCGCGAGAAGGCACUGGGGUUCAAGCUCGAGGAACUGAGUCCGCCCGGCUCGGCGAAGCGCGUGCAGGAUUGGGCGGAGGUGGAGAAGGGGUUCAGCGUCGUGGCGUCGUGGUUCGAGGCGGCCGGAGACGGGAGGUUGCUGUUGAGCGGCGAUGGCACGCUGACCCACGCGGAUACUCAUGUUGCGGGGUGUCUGAUGUGGCUUCGCCUCGUUUUUGGGCCGGAAAGCGAGGACUGGAGACGUGUGGAGGGUCUCAACGGGGGCUUUUGGAAGCGCUACCUGGCUGGCUUUGCGAAGUGGAUGGAUACAAGCCGCUGAGAAACCCCGAUGAUAAGUGAACCCAGUGAGACACAAGCCUACUAGCAUCAUAUCAUGCAUGUACAUAAGGAUUUGCAACGUGAGCUCGAUUGUUCUACAUAAGUU